AUGAAUGUGGGUUUAGUUGGUAUCCUUGAAACUAGAGUGCAGAUCAAGAAUUUAGGGUCUGUAUAUCUUAAUAUGUUCUCAGGGUGGUGCUUUACAUCAAAUAAUGCGUGGCAUAAAGGUGGGAGAAUAAUUAUUAGUUGGAAUCCGAGUAUGUUCUCGGUUAAUAUAAUGCAUUGUACUAGUCAAAUUGUGCAUUUGGAAGUUAUCACGGUAAUUAACAAGGAAAGAUUUCUUAUUACAUUUGUGUAUGCUUUCAAUGAGGAAAUUGGUAGGAAUAUGUUAUGGGCUGACUUGAAAGAAGUUGCAACAACAGUGAGAAACCCGUGGCUUUUGCUAGGGGAUUUUAAUGAUAUAUUGAGUGUAGAGGAAAGAAUAGGGGGCGGCAAGACUCAUCAUUGCUCCGGGGCUUUCAAAGAGUGUAUGGAUUAUUGCCAAAUGGAAGAUGUCAAGUUUUCGGGAGCGUACUUUACUUGGAAUAAUAAACAAGGCCUUGAAACAGGAGUGUACUCCAAGAUAGAUAGAGUAAUGGGGAAUCAAGCAUGGUUGGAUAGAUACCAGAAUGCAGAGGUGGCUUUCAUGAAUGAAGGCAGUUUUGAUCACUGUCCAGCCCUUUUACAGGUCUACCCGGAUGUGCGGUCAGGUAGGAAGCCUUUUCGGUAUUUCCGAAUGUGGCAAAAGGCUCCUGGAUUCUUAGAGAAACUUCGCGAGGUAUGGCAGGAGCAAGUUUAUGGCGCUCCAAUGUUUCAACUAGUACAGAAAUUAAGGAAGUUUAAAGGAAAGUUGAAAGACUUAAAUAGGGUGGAAAUAGGAGAUAUUAAUGUGGCUGCCUCAUUUAAGUUACAGGAGCUCCUUUCCCUUCAGUCGGAACUUCAAAAUAAUCCGAGGGAUAAGGAGCUUAUCAUCAAAGAAAAGGAGGCUCGGGAGAGGUAUGAAGAAGCUCAUUCAAGUCUCAUUUCCUUCCUUCUGCAAAAAGCUAAAUUGCAUUGGAUUAAGGAUGGGGAUGCGAAUACUUCUAUGUUUCAUGUGAGUAUCAGAGCCCGAAGAACAUCUAGCCGAGUUUAUGCUAUAGAGGAUAAAGAUGGUUGCCAGGUGCACGAGCCUCAACUAGUCACACAACUUUCUUGA